AUGGAUUGUAACUUAAUUCAUGAUUUCUAUAAAACCCUCAGUUGUUUCAAGACCAUAAGAAAAAUUAAUACAUUUGUGAAAGACAACAAAGAAAAGGCAAGUAUCGAAGAGUUAAAAAUACUUAAUGAAAAGAAGUAUUUGUCUCACUCCAUUGCCAUUGUGCUGGCAUUAGGUAUCCAUAUGUCCUUUAGGAAAUUAAAGCGUUCUAAGAUUUUCAUAUUCAGACCCUUACUACCUGACAUUUUUGGAUUAAUAAGCUCUUGUUCCUUUCUGUAUCUUCAUGCCCUACACCUAAGUCGGAAUAAUAUUAGCAAGUUUAUUCAACUAAAUUUAAAAGAAAGCGACAACAAGGGCAUAUGUAACUACGUCGAUGAAAUGUAUAAAAAAUACGAACCCAACGAUUACCUCAAUUUAAUGAGAAAAUCUUUAUAG